AGCAGAGGCGGUAAACAUUAUCCAGACACGGAUCCUGGCGCCUUCCAAAAGGGCGAGACCAACCUUUGCAAACCCCGCAUUUUGCAGGCGAGCACGACUUCAUCGCAGAAAUGUCCACCACUGUAACAGAAUGCGGAAACGUGAGGAUCAUCUCAAAAGUCGUUCAGCCAGGCCAGCAGGAAGCAGGCACAGCAAAUACGUCAGGAACUACUGUCACUGUAUCACACGGUGCAUCAACCUAUAGCAAAAAUACCAAGAAUAUGCUUCCCAAGGCCCUUGGGACUGUGCAGAUCGUCGUGGGGGCUAUAGAGAUAUGUUUUGGAGUUGCCCUGACAGUAGCACAAGAAGAUUCAAAGACCCUGACUGUGAAGAGUGGGCUCUACUUCUGGUUCGGGAUCUUGCUCCUGAUCUCUGGGUCAUUGUUGGUAGAAAUGGAGAAAAGAGAUCUUCAAUGGCUGGUGAAAGCUAGCUCCGCUGCCAACUUGCUAGUUUGUGUUGCUGCAUUGGUUGCUGUAAUCCUCCAUAGUACUGAGAUUGCACAAACCCAUCAACAAGGAGACUUGUGUGACGAUUCUGAUAUGUAUUAUGGUUAUUGCUUCAAUUCUAUUCCGACGCUGAUAUAUGGUCUGAACGCAGUGUUUAUCAUCUUUUCGGUUCUUGAACUGUGCAUAGCUGUCGCUGCCCUGGUAGUUGGAUCCAGAUCUGCACAACAACAACUCUAUCGGCAGAUGGCAUCGUGAUAAGGCUUCUCUUGGCACUUCUUGGCACACCAUUUGCAGCAAUUAUAGAGGUCUCUCUUGCUUAGAGCUACACAGCUGUGAACUUCUUGCAGAUACUUCACCUUUUCCAAGAUGGACUGCAGGAAUCCUGCUAAUCUCUUGCCUGGCUUUCUUUAGAAAGAGAAAACAAACUAUAAACUUGCCUGUGACCCUCCUCUAUGGGUCCUGCCACAUAAGCUGAAAAGAAGGUUUUCCAAAUCCAAGACUUCUCUUCACUUUUGUGCAUUAUCAAGAAAGGGAAAUCUCUGUACCUUUUAAAAAGUUUACAUUU